ACAGCGCAGUCAUUUUAACGAAAAUUCGAAUAUAAAAAAAUCUCUUUAUCUCACUAAAGGCGUAUCUUAGCUCAACAUCAAUCAUUUCAUCUACCUUGCGCAUUUCACGAUCGCCGGUGGUAAUUUUUCCGACGGUUAGCUACAAUGGGAGUUGAUUACUAUAACUUACUGAAAGUAUCUAGGAAUGCGAGUGAAGAAGAUUUAAAGAGAUCGUACAAGCGAUUAGCGAUGAAAUGGCAUCCAGAUAAGAAUAGUCAGAACAAUAAGGAAGCAGAAGCGAAAUUCAAGCAGAUUUCUGAGGCGUAUGAUGUGCUUAGUGAUCCUCAGAAGCGUCAGAUCUAUGAUUUGUACGGUGACGAUGCGUUGAAGUCUGGUCAAUUUGCUUCGGCAUCGCCGACUAGUGCUGGUAGUGGUACUGGUAAUGGUAGAGGGUUUAGAUUCAAUACGCGUGAUGCGGAGGAUAUUUUUGCUGAGUUUUUUGGUGGAUCGGAGGGGCUUAGUAGUGGUUCUGGUGCCGGAGUUGGUCGGAAAGCAGCGCCGGUGGAGAAUAAACUUCCGUGUAGCUUGGAAGAGCUUUACAAAGGAUCUAGAAGGAAAAUGAAGAUCUCAAGGAUUCUUCUGGAUGAUUCUGGUAAGCCAACAACUGUUGAAGAGGUCUUAGCAAUACACAUCAAACCAGGUUGGAAGAAAGGCACAAAAAUAACUUUUCCAGAGAAAGGGGACUAUGAAUAUGGAGCUGCCCCGGGUGAUCUUAUUUUUGUGAUAGAUGAAAAGCCACAUGCUGUCUUCAAGAGGGAUGGAAAUGAUCUAGUCACGAAUCAGAAAAUAUCGUUACUGGAUGCUCUCACUGGAAAAACUAUCAGCUUGACUACUUUGGACGGAAGGGAACUCACAAUACCAAUCAAAGAGAUCGUCAAACCAGGACAGGAGCUGAUAAUCCAAAAUGAGGGAAUGCCAAUAUCAAAGGAACGUGGCAAAAAAGGGAAUUUGAAGAUCAAGUUUGACAUUAAAUUUCCAUCAAGGCUAAAUGCAGAUCAGAAAUCUGAUCUCAGAAGGGUGCUAUGCAGGAGUAUUGACUAGUCCUAUUUUUAACUUAAGGUGUCACUAACACUAUCUUGGAGUUGCUGCGGAAUGUAAAUAUUUAACAAGCUUUCUGUAGAAAUGAAAUUGUGCAUAUUAGGAUAUAAUCUUAAGGAUGCCUUCCAACAUUUACAAAUAGUAAGCACCAAAAGAGGAGCUAAUGUAGCUACUUCUUUAGCUGCUUGCAUUUUCUUUUGUUGGAUGUAAAAGGAGUAAGUAGUUUGAUAGCUCUGUUGUUUGAUUUGGAGGUGGAUACUAUAUAUUAAGUAUUGUAGUUGCGAGUAGUGGCUCUAUGUUCUAAUUGUGUAUUCCAUCUAUGGCAGACCUUUGAUGAAUAUAUUGCUUGGUGCUUUUUGGCAUAGGUA